AUGUGUUUGUGUCCCUGACUGUAUAAACACAUUCUUGUAUGUGCAGUUGUACCUGGUUGUACCCAAGCUAACCUGAACUUUGAUACGAUUUUGAUCAUUGUUAACGAGAAAAUGACAGCAGCUGAGUAUUGUUUGCGUCCUAUGAAGUGCGAAUUGAAUGUUCUAUCAGCUCCCGAUGGAUCUUCAAUGUUUGUUCAAGGUGAUACUACUAUAAUAUCAGCAGUUUAUGGCCCAGUGGAAGCAAAAGUACAGAAAAUGUUGUAUGAUAAAGCUCAUGUUGAAGUAACAUACAAUGCAGCACAAGGACCACCAAGUGUGAAUGGUAGAGUCACUGAGAAGUAUAUUAAGGACAGUUGUGAAUCUGCCAUUAUGACAACUUUACAUCCUGGGGCUUCAAUUUCAAUAAAUGUGCAAGAACUUCAGGAUUCUGGAGGGAUUUUAGCCUGUGCUUUAAAUGCAUCUUGUCUUGCUUUACUUAAUGCCAGUGUAUCUAUGAAAUACACUGUUGCUGCUGUGCACUGCAUGAUUGAUAAAAACACUGAUCAGAUAAUUAUGGAUCCUGAUAAUACACAACUUCAGAAUGCACGAGCUUCUUUCACUUAUGCUUUUGACAGCGUUAGAAAGGACGUUAUCUGUUGUCAUACAUCAGGUACCUUUGUAGAGAAGGAUAUGAUUGCAACUAAACAAUGUUGUAAAACUGCAAGUCAACAUGUUUUCGAUUUAUAUCGAGAAAUUGUAAAAAAGUAUGCAAACAUUAUUUAAAUGGAGUUUGAGCUUCAACUCUAUAAAAAGUUAUGCAUUCUUAUUAUUCUGGCUUUUAAAAUAAACUUCAUAACAUUUCAAUUAAAAUUGUAGUAUUUUAGAGAAUAAGAAAAUUUUUUGUUUUUUUUUAUUUGGACAAAAAAUAUGUUAAUCACAAACGUUUUACCAUUAAGACAAUCUUACCAUGUGAGUAAAUGGUUUUAUAUGUUGUAAUAUUAUGAUAUCCCACUAAAAUAAUUCAAGAAUUUCUUUUGUAAAUUCAAUUAAUAAAUUAUUUGAAUCUGAAAUAUAUAAUAGUAAUGAAAA